CUCUCAACUCCUCCUUUGUCUGAGUCCUUUCGGUCCUCCGCCUAGUUAUUUAUUUAUUUCCUUUUCGUUUGUGGGGUAUAUUUUUAUAUAUCCUUAUCUCUCGGUUAUUGAAUGACAUUCGAUUCCGACACAUAUAUGCCUAAAAGCAAAGCCCCCAAAAUGGAUGAUCUGGACUACAUCCCAGCGGACCUGAGCCCAGAGGAGCGCUCCGAGCUGGAGGAGAUCCGGCGCAGGAAAGGAGCGCUGUUUCUGGAGAUCCAGCGACUGAAAGAGGAGCUGAGAGAAGCCAUUAUUGAGGUGGAGGGGCUGGAGAGCAGCACAGAGGGCAGUAAAACAUUACAGAAGAGUCGACAUGUGGCCAUGGGCAGGAAAAAAUUCAACAUGGACCCGAAAAAGGGCAUUGUAUUCCUAGUGGAGAAUGAGCUCCUCAGACACACUUCAGAGGACAUUGCUCAGUUUCUGUAUAAAGGAGAAGGACUCAAUAAAACAGCAAUAGGAGACUAUCUGGGUGAAAGAGAUGACUUCAAUAUCAAAGUGUUGCAGGCUUUUGUCGAUCUUCACGAAUUCACGGAUCUGAACUUGGUACAAGCACUUCGGCAGUUCCUGUGGAGCUUCCGCUUGCCCGGCGAGGCGCAGAAGAUCGACAGGAUGAUGGAGGCCUUUGCACAGAGAUACUGUCACUGCAAUCCUGGAGUCUUCCAGAGCACAGACACCUGUUACGUGCUGUCGUUUUCCAUCAUCAUGUUGAACACCAGUCUGCACAACCCUAAUGUGCGGGACAAGCCCACGGUGGAGCGCUUCAUCAGCAUGAACAGAGGCAUCAACGACGGAGGAGAUUUACCCGAGGAGCUGCUCCGAAAUCUGUAUGACAGCAUCAAGAACGAGCCCUUUAAGAUCCCAGAGGAUGAUGGGAAUGACCUGACGCACACUUUCUUCAACCCUGACAGAGAAGGCUGGCUCCUCAAACUGGGAGGUCGUGUGAAAACAUGGAAGAGACGAUGGUUCAUUCUGACUGAUAACUGCCUCUAUUACUUUGAGUACACAACAGAUAAGGAGCAGAGAAGGUGUUUGACCAACAUAGGCUCAAGGGAAAUACUGUAUCAGAGACAGUUUAACUGUUUUGAGCUCUACAUCCCUAAUAACCGCGGGCAGCUGAUUAAAGCGUGUAAGACGGAGGCCGACGGUCGAGUGGUGGAGGGAAACCACAUGGUGUACCGGAUCUCAGCUCCCACCCCAGAGGAGAAGGACGAAUGGAUCCACAGCAUCAAAUCCGCUGUGAGCGUGGACCCCUUCUACGAGAUGCUUGCAGCCAGGAAGAAACGCAUUUAUCUAAAGAAGAAAGAAGAGCAGCCCUGAAAGUCCAUCCAUACGCUCCCUCCAUUCUCUGAGAAACCAAUGAUCCUUCAUUAAGGUAGCUCUCGUCAGAUCGAUCUGUUAUGCUGGUUUAUGGAGAGAUGGAUGUCGUUGGGGAACCUGAACAUCAUCAUCAUCUUCGGUUUGGAUUUCGGUGGUCUGGACUGCAGCUCUUAUCUCCACACUUCUCCUACAUUUGCACACUACACAGUGUUAUUCACUAUCACACUAGUACACACUACAGAUACUCACUUUAUCUCGCUGACAUUCCAUAGGACUUCACUGACAAACGUAACAUUCAUGAAUCUGUGUAAAUCUCCAUCCUCAUCUCACGCUCCCUCCGCUCUCACAGUUCCAGUUCCUGCUAUUGACAGCAUUUUACUGUGAAGUUCUUACACGAACAGAGUAGACGACCAAACAGCCUGAUGCAUUCUUCUUCAUCAUCAUCAUCAGGGGCGGAUCUAUCCGAACCUUUAGCAGAGAUGAGCGCUGAAGGCUUUUGUUAGUUCGGUCGCUAUUGAUUUACUGAGUCUAUGUUGCUGCCUGUCUUAAACUUAUUUUAUAGAAACUGACACUAUUUAUCUCUUACUCGUUUGAGUGUAUUUACAUGUUAUAAAUGAAGGUCAUUGCUAUUCACACCACAUGAUGAACUUCACUUCAGUUUACCUAUUAGUUACAUAUCACUUCCAGCAUAUCUGUGAAACAGGAUAUGCAUUUUACACUGUUAUUGGUAUUGAUAACCCCACCGGUGAUGUCAUUUCCUGUGCACAGUUGAUGACAACUGUAUUGAACUUCACUGACCCAUCGAAGCACCUGUGCUCGUCAUUAUAUGCGAAUCCUUAAAUAAGCUCCUUCACCUUAAGAAAAGAGCCUUAAAAAUCCCACAGCCCUGAAUGUUCUUACACAAGUGUUUCAAAAACUCAACCACUGGGGCUGCGAAACUGUUCUUGGGCGAAUCUCACGAAAACAUGUCCAGAUUAUACCGCACACAGAAAACUGAUUUUUUUGUGUAAAGAAAAAGGCAGAUUUUCAAGUUUUUUUAAAUUUAUUGUUAUCAUCAUUUGGCAUUAUUUUCAUAACUAAGCACAGUUCCUCCUAAAUGCAUGCAAGUGUUUGGUGGAAUGAAAUGAAAUUUCUUAUUUCUCUGAAUGAAAUUUGACUCGUGAUCUUGACAGAUUUGGUGAGAUUCGCUCUCUUACUAUUUCCUACUACAAGCAAACUGUCUCGAUUGGG